ACAAAUUUAAAUAUUAAAAUUUGAAUUGAUGCGACAAUUGCCGAUUGCAAGCUUUUUAUUCUGAAAAUUUGCAAGCUUUUGUACACUUCCAGAAGAAAAGAGAAUUAUAGCGCAUCGAACAUGCUUCGUUUUAAACUACUCGUAAUCUACGUCCUGAUUUCAUGGAUCUCAUUUGUUUCUCCCGAAAAAAAGGGUCGUUGUCCAACAAAAGAGCCGCUUUUAAAUGAUGAAAAUAUAGUAGUUCCUGAUAAUGGAAAUGUUCCAGCAGUCUCAGGAAAAUUAAAAUUUCAACAGGACAGUCAAAAACUUUAUAUACGGUUGAAUAAAAAAUGGAAUGCCAUUGCAAAAAAGCUUAACUCCGCCAUUGCCAAACUUACUCAAGUCAAUGCUGCCGUCGCUAAACUUACAUCACGUUUGGAUAAGUUGAAUCAGACAGUGGAAAUAAAAGCGAGGUCGAGUUGCGCUAGUUUGUAUCGAACCGGAGCAAGAAUCAACGGAGUCUACACAAUAGAUCCUGAUGGUCAAGGUUCGUUUCAAGUCAGAUGUGAUAUGAGCACAAACGGGGGUGGCUGGACCGUGUUUCAAAGAAGACAAGAUGGAAGUCAAAAUUUCUACCUUGGAUGGUCAGACUAUAAAGCAGGCUUUGGUGAUUUUAACGGCGAGUUCUGGUUGGGCCUUGAUAAAAUACAUCGUUUGUCCAAAUCUGGUCAAAAUGUUCUAAGAGUAGAUUUGAUGGAUUUCGAUGGCGCGGAAAUUUACGCUAAAUAUGGAAUGUUUAGUGUGGCUGAUGAAUCAGACAAAUACAGAUUGAAUAUUGACAGUUAUUCAGGUGACGCAGGUGAUUCUCUUGCUGGGCACAAUCAAAUGCAGUUCUCUACCAAGGAUAGUGACAACGAUGCAACGAGUGUUAAUUGUGCUAAGAGAUGCAAAGGAGGUUGGUGGUACAAAGCCUGUCAGUUUUCAAACCUCAAUGGCCCGUACCUGGGUGCAGGUCAGACCAAUGACAUCGGAAUAACCUGGUACUAUUGGAAAAGUUCAUGGUAUUCAUAUAAAAAGACAGAGAUAAAAAUUCGUCCAAGCCAGUUUUAAGAUAAAGCACUUUAAUUGCUGAGAACGUGGGUUUGACGAUGUUUUUAUUGAAUCCCAAGUUUCAAAUUGAUUAUUAUGUGAUUUAAGUCCGAAUUAAUUAAUGUCGCAGUAUUUUAAAUGAUUAUUUAAAUAAUAUUAAAGAUGAGUUAGGCCUGUUUUCCACUUCAACCGUAUCGUAGCGAAACGUAGCGUAUCUCACUGUUUCAAAAUCAUUUUUUUCUGAUUGAAUACUCCAUAAACAUAGAAAUACCAUGACGCUACGUUACGCUACGGUUGAAGUAAUUAAAGUCGCUUCUGCGCCUCGGUUCUGCUCAUGACAAUGAGUAGUCUACUUGUUUCAAAAUUGCUCAAAUUUCUUAUGUUUUGUAAUAAACUCUCUCUCAUAUUCAUUUAAAAGUAUAGCGAACUAAAAGUGUGACAAAUAUUCUGAAAGUUCUUGAUAUUUUAGGAAAUAUAUACGGAUUGGAAAUGUAAACAAAGCGUUUGUUAACAUUACGGCCAGACUGCGCCCUACCUUUAAGUGAUGGUAAUUAGUAAAUAAAUUAUUGCGUGCAAUAAUACGUUUGGCCAUUUGAACAGCAGCAGUCCAUCACCGUGAACUGCCAUUCACAAAGGCUUCAGAAACAUCUCAUAUAAUUUGACCACUUCCCGCAUAAUGUGAUCAGUCAACGUAAGAGAUCGGGAGUGUACGUUUUCGAAACGUCAUGCAAGGUUAAUCUGAAUUAAGAUCUCUUACAAGUCAUGCAGGGCACAAAACACAGUUUGGACGCUAACUGCGUUAUUUCAGAAGCUUUAUAUCUGGUAAGUUGAAUGUCGUUGUCAUAUGUAUUUAUUCGUAAUUGCGUUUGAAACUACACCAUAUAUUACAUAAUACCAAUGUCGUGAUUUUCUUAUUCAAUCAUAAAAAUUCCGACGACAUUUUGUUUCAGCAACAAAAUAAUAUAAAACUUUAUUUCUAUAAUAUCUUUAGUUAUAAGAAUUAAGAGUAAAUUUUAGGAAUCGUGGGUAUGUCGACAGGUAUUGAUAUCAUAUUGGGCUAAUAAUGACGUGUAUUUUUCAGUUUGUUUUUCAUGUUCUAACAUGUUCAGACCUUCUGAAGGGAAAACUCGUCUCAAAGAGA